CGAACGGCCAGCUUCCAGCAUUCUUUUCCCUGGUAUCUUCGCAACGGUGAAAUGAAAGAAGUUUACUGAAGUGCAGUGGAAAGAUGGAUGCAACACAAGUGGUUCAGGAUUUCCCGUUUGAUGAUGAUGAAGAAGAGCAAGAGGAUGACAGUGCUGACGAGGAGGAAGCACAGCCAGUGGCUAAACUGAAAGUUUUCAAGAAUGUGCAUGUCCCAGAGACUGAGUUGCUUCUUUACCCAGGAGAGAAUAUUUUGGGCCGUGAUGCUACUUUCUGCACAGUGCCCUUACCUGCCUCGUCAAUGUCAAAGCGCCACGCCACCAUUUCCAUCUCUGUGUUCCGCUCGAACGGACAGCAUGCCAGUGGAGCCAUAGAAGCCCUCAUCUGGGACAUGGGCAGCCUGAAUGGCACCAGGAAAGGCCGCUUGAAGCUAACACCCCACGUGCGCUAUGCCCUGAGCGAGGGGGAUAAAGUGACUCUAGCCGAUCUGCCUUGCCAGUAUGCCCCUGUCGGGACAGCUGAGGGAGAGACUGGCAAGGGUAGAGCGAGGACACCAGACUGCCUUGGUGGAGAGAGGGGUGAGCAGACACUCGUGCCUCAGGGGGACUGCUACAAAGUGAAUCUGAGGACAGAGACGCACACAGAGGCUGUCAGAGCAGUGGAGAGGGCAGCCAAUGGGGAGAGGGGGUUUCUGACACCCAGCAGUGGGCAGCAUGGGGAUGCCAAACCGAGAGGCAGCCAUGGCAUGUCGGCCAGGCUGGAGCAGAAGGACCAAAGUCCUGCCCCCCUGGUCACUGCAUCUGACUCAGAGUCUGAUGGAGAGCGAGAGGGAUGGAGGCCAAGAGCAACCAAAACUUUAGUGUCUUCAGAUUCAGACUCUCCAAGGAUGCCUCAGCCCACUUGUUCAACAUUCCAGAGUCCGUCAGGCACUUCUUACAUACCAGAGAGCCCCUCUUCCUCAGUGAGGGGAAGAGUGAACGAGACCGUGAGCUCAGGAGGAUCCAUCUGGACUGACAGGAGCACUGAGGCGGCGCUGAACAAGCCCAGGCCAGACCCCCUGGAGUUUAACAUGGACAGUGACACUGAUGUGGAAGGAGCUGAGGAGAAGGGGGAGGUGGAGGGGAGGAGCUCACCGCACGCUGCAAAUGGAGAGGCAAGUGCGGAUCUGGUGGCGGGGGCAUCCGCCGGACCUGCCACCAAGCAUCCGGAUUAUCAUAUAGACCGUAAUACUGAUGUCGAGGGAGAUGACCAUGAGGUGUCGGACAUUAAUUCCACAAAGGCUUCAGUCUGUGAAGUUGGGGAGAAUGUAUCCAGUCCUGCAGCUGUUGCUGCCGCUGCCACAGCAGCCCCAUCAGACUUUCACCUGGAGAGUGACACAGAUGUGGAGGAUGAAGAUGAGGUUGGCCAGACUGUGCAGAUGGCCCCUCCACCGGCACACACAGCCCCAGGCACUGAUGUGACCGAAUCCAUGCCAGCGAACGCGGCCUCGGCAGAAUUUCAUAUGGACAGUGACACAGACGUGGAGGAGGAGGGGGAUGACCAGGCAGAUGUUACACAAGCAGAUGUCAGCACCGCAGCUUCCACUGCAGCUCAGGACAAACCAGAGGAGCCUCAGUCCCACAGUGCCUCGGACACCACAGAUGACGACGACCCAUUCAAGUCGGGCAGCAGCAGCAAAAACACAGAGGCCUGUGCCGGCCAACAGCCUAUAUCUGCGGCCGCCUUGGAAAUCCAGUCUGACAGUGACACCGACGUGGAGGAUGAGAGCGCGGGGCAGCAAGCGGCCCCCUCUGCACCCCUGGGCUCCCCGCGUCCCUCUGGACUCCAGCCCACUGCUGAGGCGGCCCCUGGGGCUCCAGAGUCCACAGCUGAUGUGGAGGAGGGCACCGGUGGGGGCAAACAGCCGGCAUCGCCUCCAGCUGUGACGCCAGCCAAGCCAGAUGAUUUCAACAUGGACAGCGACACGGAUAUGGAGGAGGAGCUCCAAGAGGACACUAGACCCAGGAAGCCUGGUGAGAGGGCCUCUGCUGCAGUACUCCAGUCCUCAACCCCUAUGGGAGCAGCAGGGCUGCGACUAGAAGAGAUGGAGACUCAGCUCUUCCUCAGUCCAGCAGAUCAUUUUGCGCGCCCUGUAGGCCUUCCACCCUUCAACCCAGCGACGUCGUCUGAUGAUGACUUUGUCCCAGAAACCCAGUCCUUUGUGGCCGAGCGUCAUGGUGGCGGUGCUCCUCCCGGGCUGAGCGCCCUUGACGAGACGGCUCUGGAGGAGGAGACCCAGCUGUUCUGCGUAGGCGGCGUCACGGAGCGGUCGGCACAGCUCCAGCUCAGCCUGUCGGACAGCAGUCGCCUGCAGCAGCAGCUGGCCACCGAGGCCACGCAGGCGUACGCCCUCCCCGAGAUCAGGGACUCGGACUCGGACGGGGACUCGGACCUGGAUGCAACCCAGGACUACGGAGCUCUGCAGGCCACGCAAGCCUACGCUGCAGAGCCAGUGAGAGACGAGGAAGACGGCCAUGUGGACAGCGCCACGGCUGAAACCCAGGCCUUCUUCAUAACCGCGCCAAGGAGCACCGACAUUGCGGUUGGCCUUGCUGAAGCCACGCCCCUGCCCCAGAGGGAGGUGCUGAAGGAGGUGGCAGGACCAGGGGAGGAGGAGGAGGAGGAGGCCACCCAGCUGACGGAGUUAGACACCUUCUCCCAUAUCUCCACCGCCGACACGGUUAUCCUCCCACGCAGCCAGAGGCUGGGAGGUGAAGAGGCUGGAAGAAUGUCUGAUGUGACUCCCACAGACUUGGUAGCUAGUGCCACCGCCCAUGAAUCCAAGCAGGCAAACAUCCCUGCUGCGGAGAUCUACAGGGACAGUGACACAGAUGUGGAGGAGGAGAAAGAUGGCGGCUUGAAGGAGUCACGGCCCACGACUGCCCAGAUCAAGGCCGAGGAACUUCAGCUCCACAACGAUUCAGAUUCAGCAGACACCGGUGAUGAUGACCCAUUCAAGCCAGGCACGAGCGCAACCACUGUGACCUCCACAGGUGGCCAGGCAUCACACACCACUGCUAGUGUCUCCUGCUCUGAAACCCAACCCAUGUCUGCCUUAAAUGAUGAUGAUGAGGAGGAGGUGGAGGAGGAAGAACCAAAGGUAGCACCAUCUAGAAGAAAAAGCAGGGCUCGUAGAGGACAAGGACGUCAUGAUGGCCAACCUUCCGAGACACUUCUCAUUGCUGAAACCCAGCCAGUCAGCAUGAACGAUGAUGAUGAUGGUGAUGCUGAAGAGGAAGCAUCAAAACCCGCAUCCCCCAAACGAAGUGAGAGGACACGCAGAGGGAAGAGGAGGCCUGUUGGAGAUGAGGUUGAGUCUGCUGAGGCCGCCUUCAGCUCCUGCCUCCUCUCUACUGCUCAAACUCAGCCAAUGGCCAAUGUGGAUGAGGAAGACGAAGAGGAGGAGGAGGAAGCAAAGCCUGUCGGCCCCAGAAGGAGAGGAAGAACGCAUGGAGGGAGAGGGGCCCAGGUGGAGGACGGGCCGGAGGUCACUGAGACUCUGGUCAACUCUGACCUCGCUGUGAUCGAAACUCAGCCCGUGUCUGCUGUUGGUGAUGAAAAUGGUCAAGACAAGGGAGAGCAGGGACCUGCUUCCCCCAAAAGGAGAGGGAGGGCACGCAGAGGUAAGGGGAAGCAGGAGGAAGACGAGAGCAAGCCUGCUGAGAUGCCUUCAAGCACCUGUCUGACCACUGCAGAAACGCAGCCCAUGGCUGCAUGUGAGGAGGAGGAGGAAGAGGAUACACAGGCAGCCCCUUCCACAUCCAGAGCGAAGACACGUGGAGCAGGGAAAGAGCCCGUCACCACAAGAAGCACCAGAGGCAGAGGGAAAGUAGAGGGGGAAGAGAGAGAGGGAGAAGAGGUGGAGGAGGGGACGAGUGUGGAGUCGAGGAGGCAGACCAGGGGCAAGACUCCUGCAGUGAAGAGAGGAGGACGGAGGAGAGGAGAGGGGGCUGGAGAGGAAGAGGAGGAGGCCGAAGAAAAGCCUGUGCAGGAGGUCAGGAGGGGUCGAGGGAGGAAGAGUGUGAAUGAAAGAAAAGAACAAGAGGAGAAAAACAGGUUGGAGAAAGAAAGACUUGAAAAGGAAAGACAACAAAAAGAGAAAAGAGAAAGAAUAGAGAAAGAGAGAAAAGAAGCUGAGGAGAGAGAAAGGCAGGAGAAGGAGAGGCUGGAAAAAGAGAAAGAGGAAAGAGAAAGAAUAGAGAGGGAGCAGAGAGAGAAAGAAGAGAGGGAGAGAAAAGAGCAAGAGGAGAAAGAAAGGCUAGAGAGGGAAAGACUUGAAAAGAAAAGACAAGAAAAAGAAGAAAGGGAAAGAUUGGAGAGGGAGAAGAGAGAGAAGGAACAGAGAGAGAGAAAAGAGGCUGAGGAGAAAGAGAGGCUGGAGAAGGAGAGGCUUGAAAAAGAAAGACAAGAAAAAGAAGAAAAGGAAAAAGUAGAGAGGGAGAGAAGAGAGAAAGAAGAGAAGGAAAGAAAAGAGGCUGAGGAGAGAGAACGAUUGGAGAAGGAGAGACUUGAAAAAGAAAGAAAAGAAGCAGAGGAAGAGGAGAGACUGCAGAAGGAGAAGAGGAAAAAGGAAGAGAGAGAGCAAGAGAAGAGAGAAACCAGUGACCCUAAAAUGGAGAAACCAGAGAGUGAUGAUAAACCCCAGACGUCCACACGAGGGAGGCGAGCAGCCUCCAGACGUGCCGCUCCAGCUCCCCCCAGUGGACAGGAGGAGCCGGUGCUGCCCAGUGAUGACUGCCCUGCCCGAAGGACACGCUCUCGCUCCAGCUCCUCCAACUCCGUCAGCUCAGAGAGAUCCACGUCCAGCGUGCGCAGCAGCGCCAGCAGGCAGGGGGCGCCAGAGCCACACGCUUCCUCCAGGCGCUCCUCCAGACGAGCCUCCAGAGCUCCCCCUGCUGGAGAACAGACGCCAGCACUGGAGGAUGGCUCGAGUGAGUCACAGUGUGGAAGAAGAUCUCGAAGGCCAUCUACCUCUAGUAACUCGGUGUGCUCUGAAGUGACCGAAGCAGCCAGUGUGGCCAGUCAGAGUAAGGGCCGAGGGAGAGGAAGAGGGAGGAAGAGUGUGAAGGGGAAAGACCCAGGCCCAGUGGCAGAGCCUGAACCAGCACCAUCAGAGACUCAAGGCACCGAACCUUCGGCCACCAAGACCUCGGGACGAGGCCGCAGAGGCCGCAAGUCAGGGGCUGGAGACGAGGCGACCGUUGGCGUGUCCGCCCAGGCCGACGAUGAGGAUAAGCCUGCUGAGGAGGAAGCUGGUCCUGCCCCACGGGGUCGAAGGGGAGCCAUCGCACCCAAGCCAGACUCCGUCCCUCAGAAAGCCACCGGCCGGGGUCGAGGUAGGGGUCGGAAGGCCGGCCUGUCCAGCCAGAGCACCUCAGCCGAGGAGGACAGCGAAAGCGCCGACGUCGCGAGCGCCGAUGUUUCUGCGCCGGCCAGUCAAGACAGAGGGAAGAAGAGGAGUCACGAUGAAGAGUUGGAGGAACUUGACGAGACUGAGGAGGUUCGAUUCAAGAUUCCUCGCUCGAAGGGGAAGGUGCCAAAGGGACACAGGAAAGCGGAGAGUGAGGACGCCGCUGGAGGAGCGGAGCUGGACAGGACAGACGAGGAGACGGCCCCUGGUCCAGCAGAGAGGAAGGGAAGAGGCCGUCCGUCUGUGGCGCAGAAGAAGAAAGAGGUGAAGAAGGAAGUGGAGGAGAGCGAGGAGGCAGCAGCAGCUGAGCCUGACGAGUCCUCAGCCAAGGGAUCCAGGAAGCGCGGUGCAGCCGCUGCUGAGUCGCCCACCCCAACCAAAUCCGCCCGCCGCUCCGUGGGCACCUCGCGCCAGGCACACAAGGUGCUGUUCACUGGGGUGUCUGAUGAGGCGGCGGAGGCUGUGGUGGCCCGGCUAGGGGGCAGCAUGGCCAAAGGUGUGAGCGACAUGACGCACCUGGUCACCGAUGCGGUGCGACGGACUGUCAAGUUCAUGUGUGCAGUGGCCAGAGGGGUGCCUAUCGUCACACCCGAUUGGCUGAAAAAGUGUGGGAGGGCUGGGAGCUUUCUGCCUGCUGAUGAGUUUCUGGUGAAGGACGCGGAGCAGGAGAGGAAGUUUAACUUCCGUCUGCAGGAGUCCCUGAGUGUGGCCAGCAGCCAGCCCCUCCUACAGGGUUAUGAGAUUCAUGUCACACGGUCAGUGAAGCCUGAGCCGGCACAGAUGAAGGACAUCAUCGUCAGCUGUGGGGCUCGCUACCUUCCCAAGAUGCCCUCUGUCAACAAGCCCCAGACAGUGGUGGUGUCGUGUGCAGAGGACGCCGCGCUCUGCUCGUCAGCCGUGGCGGCGUCCAUCCCCGUGGUCAGCUCCGAGUUCCUCCUGACGGGCAUCCUCCAACAGCAGGCCGACGUGCUCGCCCACGCCCUCACCAUCGCCCAGGCCCCUGCUCGGGGCAGGAAGAAGACAUGAUGCCCAUCUCAGAGACCGACGAGCCGGUGCUGGGUCCACUGCCAGGGCAGAGCAGCUCGUGGUGGACGUGAGUAAGAGAUGGCCACCACAUCACCCUCCCUGGUCCUCAGAGAAGAGGGGAUCAUUCCUGGACCUGGUCUGUUCUGGUGUGUUUGCCUGCUUUCAGUGGGUUCUGCAUCAGAGUCUGUUCUGCUUGGACCUCUUCACUGUUCACUUUGAUCUGUGUCAUUCAUCCAAAUGACAUAUAGUCUGGAGGGUUUUUAAUCAUUGAAUAUCCUGUUGCUAAUGGACUUAAAACUGUGUUUUAUAGACACAAAUUCAGAUGAAAUUGUUGUUGUAAUAAAUAAUAUGUGUUAGUGUCCUUAUAUAAACCUGUAAUGCCUUCAACAAAUGGCCAUGUGUCAAUUAAACAUUUUUAUUUUGCAGA